UCAGCCGAACAGUAUUUUCGAAUUCUGCUCGAUCGAGAAAAGAACAAAAAAAAGGAAAACGUGGAGAAUCAGAAAAGCAUGGCGGAGAAUCUCCGGCAGAACAUUCCGUCGCUUUCUCCGGAUCCGGAAGCUUACAUGAAAGGGUUAACUCGUACGAACUCGGACUCGUCUGGAUUAACCGCUGAAAGCUCCAUACAUUAUUUGAAAGGUGUCAGAGAGGGUCAAUUCAUGGUUUGGACAGAUGAGAAGCACAAAUCAUAUCUUGAUUUAUUAGAAGCAACAUUUGUCCAGCAGUUGCACCAUUCCAUGAGUCUCUGUGGCUGCCGCUCACAAGAAGAAUUGCAGGGUCCAUCAACCAGAUCAGUAGCCAGAGAACAUAAUUCAUCAGAUCAGGUCGGAGAUUCAUUGUGCUAUCUCCAUUUUUUGGCAGUAUAUCUGUUAACUUCUUUGAUUCAAUGAGUUAUUUAAUAUGCCUUCCCAGUUUAUGGUUCUACAAGAUGGCUGCAGGCAAAAGAGAAACUAUGAACAUAAUGAAUCAUUGUUGGAUAACACUGCUGAUUCUAAUGAUAUUCUGGAAAGUCAUUGUGUACACAAUUCUGCAUCAGUGGGCAAACACUACCCAGCAAUGUCUCCUCACCCCCAAAGGAAGAUAGUUCAUGGUAAAGGAAGGAACUCAAGAAGUAAUAUGGACUUCUGCGUAUCAGCAAGAAAUCCAGAGCAGCAUCCUGAUUGUUAUUCCUAUGAGCAGAAUUUGGGUGGCAGUGCUGCUGAGGCCUUAGGUCAGAAUUUUGCGAAUGAAGACCAAGGAGAAAAAACCAACUCUAUCUCUAGAGCAAAAAGGUUGAAAGUUGCAACUGUAGAUCCUUCAAGCAGUGAUCAAGUUGUGCCUCUUAGAAAAUUUCAUUUGGUUGAUAAUUCAACCAUAAUUGAAACUGAAACGUUGUCAAAAAGAGGGAAAACUGAAUUGCUAUCAGAAGAACCAGAGUGCUCCAGUGACUCCAACUCUGGCAUUCAUUACUUCUGAAGGGGCAGUUAAAUUGCAACUCUCAACUGAAAUCUGGAGGACAAUCGUCAAUAUCUGUUAAAUGAAAUGGAGGACAUAAAGUUCUGGGAGUUUUCACUAUAGAGAUAAUGAAAGGGGAAGAUACCAUUUGCAGUCAUUUUUCUUGUGGGUGCCACCCGCCAGAAUGAUAAUGGUUGUUCAUCCAGAAGGUUUGGACCAACAUUACGUUGCAAGGGAUUAACGUUGGAGCUUUGUUAGGGUCAAGGGGGCCAUGCCCCCCUAUGAUUUUGGAAAAAAAAGUAUAUAUAUAUAUAUAUAUAUGAUAUAUUAUGUUUUUGGUUGUUUUCAUAUCUAUUUCAUUGCAAAAGAAAUAAAAAUGUUUUUUCUUU